AUGGGCUGCCGCAAAUUUAAAAUUAUGAACCAACCUGUCAUCCUUUAUGCCUUAGAACGGCGCCAAAACGGCGCCAAGAAUGUGUUUCUCACUAAGUCAGAUGUAGAGGGCAUCAUCCGGAUCAAGCAGGGCGACCAGCAGGCGCCCUCAGGCCGGCGGCGGCGGGGUGCGGGAGGGGGGGCGGCAGUGCAGGGCGGCGCCAAGAACUACAGCAAGAAGGUGCUGCAGUUCUUCCAGGUGCUGAAGGGCGCUGGCGGUCAGGACAUCCUGUGCCGCUGCGUCAAGCGCAGCGGAGAGUGGCGGUGGUGCCCCGUGGUGCCGCUCGAGGAGCUGCCCCGAGUGAUCAAGGAGCACCACGAGCGGGCGACUGGCUUCAGCGGUGUGGAGAAGCUGUACACACAUCGCGGCAAAGUGGGCAAGCAGCUGGGCCGCAACCGCAUCGUGUGCCGCGUGGUGGAGAUCAAGCGGCCCUUUGGCGUGACCAUGUACCGGCUGCGGAGCGGAGCUGGAGUGGUGGAGGGUAUGCAUCAGGCCAGCAGGCUAUCUAAGGCGCCACCCAGCCUGGCCAGCGAGCUGACCUUCAGCGGCACGGCGCAGCGAGGAGUGCCUGUGGUGUCUCUCAAUGUGGCGAUGGCGGCGCAGCCCGGCGGCGGCAAGGCAGCCCUGCAAGAAGAAUGGUGCGCGGUGUGGGCGGCACUGUGGCUGUAUAACCGGUAA